UUCCUCACGCCGCAACCCUUCCUCUCUCUCUCUCUUCUCGACUCAUCUCCUCUCCUCUGCCCUCCGCUCCGCCGCCUUCGAAUCCCGCCGCGCUGCGCGCCCGCCCCACGCGGCCGAUGUGUCUGCCGCGCCGGCGCGAAACCCUAGAGGUGAGGUGCAGUUGAGGGGCCCCGAUCGGAGAUGGCGGCGGCGGCCAUGGCGGCGCACAGGGCCAGCUUCCCGCUCCGGCUGCAGCAGAUCCUGUCCGGGAGCCGCGCCGUGUCGCCGUCGAUCAAGGUGGAGUCCGAGCCGCCAGCAAAAGUUAAAGCAUUUAUUGAUCGUGUAAUCAGUAUUCCACUACAUGACAUUGCUAUACCACUUUCAGGCUUCCGCUGGGAGUUUAAUAAGGGAAAUUUCCACCAUUGGAAGCCUCUUUUUAUGCAUUUUGAUACAUAUUUCAAGACGCACAUUUCUUCAAGGAAGGAUCUUCUUUUAUCUGAUGAUAUGGCUGAGGGUGAUCCUUUGCCUAAAAAUACGAUCCUACAAAUUCUGAGAGUAAUGCAGAUUGUUUUGGAAAAUUGCCAGAACAAAACAUCAUUCUCUGGUCUUGAGCAUUUUAGGCUUCUGCUGGCAUCAUCAGACCCUGAGAUAGUAGUGGCUGCGUUAGAAACACUUGCUGCAUUGGUUAAAAUAAACCCUUCGAAGUUGCAUAUGAAUGGGAAGUUGAUAAAUUGUGGAGCUAUAAACAACCAUCUUCUAUCAUUGGCCCAAGGAUGGGGUAGCAAGGAGGAAGGUCUGGGCUUAUAUUCUUGUGUUGUGGCAAAUGAGAGAAACCAGCAGGAGGGUUUGUGCUUAUUCCCAGCAGACAUGGAGAACAAAUAUGAUGGAACACAGCACCGUCUCGGCUCAACUCUUCAUUUUGAAUAUAAUUUAGCACCUGUCCAAGAUCCUGAUCAAUCCAGUGACAAGACUAAACCAUCUAAUCUGUGUGUGAUACAUAUCCCAGAUUUGCACCUUCAGAAGGAAGAUGAUUUGAGCAUAUUGAAGCAAUGCAUUGAUAAGUUUAAUGUGCCUUUAGAGCACAGAUUUUCCUUGUUUACAAGGAUAAGAUAUGCCCAUGCCUUUAACUCGCCAAGGACAUGUAGGUUAUAUAGCCGCAUAAGUCUUCUUGCUUUCAUUGUUCUUGUGCAAUCCAGCGAUGCCCAUGAUGAACUCACAUCUUUUUUUACAAAUGAGCCAGAGUACAUAAAUGAGUUAAUCAGGCUUGUCCGCUCAGAGGAAUUUGUUCCUGGACCCAUACGAGCACUGGCUAUGCUUGCACUGGGAGCACAGUUAGCAGCUUAUGCAUCAUCCCAUGAGCGAGCUCGGAUACUUAGUGGCUCAAGUAUCAUAUCUGCUGGUGGAAAUCGGAUGGUCUUGCUCAGUGUUCUGCAAAAAGCUAUAUCAUCACUAAGUAGCCCUAAUGAUACAUCAUCUCCGUUAAUUGUUGAUGCCCUUCUGCAGUUCUUUCUGCUCCAUGUGCUAUCUUCUUCGAGUUCUGGGACCACUGUUCGGGGUUCAGGGAUGGUUCCGCCACUCUUGCCCCUUUUGCAAGAUAAUGAUCCUUCCCACAUGCAUCUUGUCUGUUUGGCAGUGAAGACACUUCAAAAGUUGAUGGAGUACAGCAGCCCUGCUGUUUCUCUAUUUAAAGAUUUGGGUGGUGUAGAACUUUUGUCCCAGAGGUUACACGUGGAGGUGCAGCGUGUUAUUGGUGUUGACAGUCAUAAUUCAAUGGUUGUUGGUGAUGCAUUGAAAUCAGAAGAGGAUCAUCUCUACUCUCAGAAGAGAUUGAUUAAGGCUUUGCUCAAGGCAUUGGGGUCUGCUACAUAUUCUCCUGCAAAUCCUUCUCGUUCUCAAAGCUCCAAUGACAAUUCUUUGCCCAUCUCACUUUCCCUUAUAUUUCAGAAUGUUGAAAAGUUUGGUGGUGACAUUUAUUUUUCAGCAGUUACUGUUAUGAGUGAGAUAAUUCACAAGGAUCCUACAUGCUUUCCUUCUUUGAAGGAACUUGGUCUUCCAGAUGCUUUUCUGUCGUCAGUGAGUGCUGGGGUAAUACCGUCUUGUAAAGCUCUUAUUUGUGUUCCUAAUGGUCUGGGUGCUAUAUGCCUUAAUAACCAAGGACUUGAGGCUGUCAGGGAAACCUCUGCUCUGCGUUUUCUUGUUGACACAUUCACCAGCAGGAAGUACUUGAUACCAAUGAAUGAAGGUGUUGUCCUUUUAGCUAAUGCAGUAGAAGAGCUUCUUCGUCAUGUGCAGUCCCUAAGAAGUACUGGUGUUGACAUCAUUAUUGAAAUAAUUAACAAACUUUCUGCACCUCGUGAAGACAAGGGCAAUGAACUAGCCAGUUCUGAUGAAAGAACAGAAAUGGAGACUGAUGCGGAAGGACGUGAUUUGGUAAGUGCUAUGGAUUCCUGUGUGGAUGGCACUAAUGAUGAGCAAUUUUCUCAUCUGAGCAUUUUCCAUGUGAUGGUUUUGGUGCAUCGGACAAUGGAGAACUCCGAAACCUGCCGGUUAUUUGUGGAGAAAGGAGGCCUGCAAGCACUUUUGACACUCCUGUUGCGACCUAGCAUUACCCAGUCAUCAGGAGGAAUGCCUAUUGCUUUGCAUAGCACCAUGGUGUUUAAGGGCUUUACUCAGCAUCACUCUACUCCACUUGCACGUGCAUUUUGCUCUUCCUUAAAGGAGCAUUUAAAGAAUGCCUUGCAGGAACUUGAUACAGUUGCAAACUCAAGUGAAGUGGCAAAAUUAGGAAAAGGAGCAAUUCCAUCUCUUUUUGUUGUUGAGUUCCUACUCUUCCUGGCGGCAUCCAAAGAUAAUCGCUGGAUGAAUGCUCUACUCACAGAAUUUGGAGAUGGAAGUAGGGAUGUCCUAGAAGAUAUUGGACGAGUACACCGGGAAGUGCUUUGGCAAAUUUCACUUUUUGAAGAAAAGAAAGUUGAGCCUGAAGCUAGUUCUCCUUUAGCAACUGACUCCCAGCAAGACACUGCUUUGGGGGAUGUUGAUGAUAAUAGAUACACAUCCUUCAGGCAAUAUCUUGAUCCUCUUUUAAGGCGAAGGGGCUCUGGUUGGAAUAUUGAAUCACAGGUGUCUGACCUCAUUAAUAUCUACCGUGAUAUUGGUCGUGCAGCUGGUGACUCUCAGAGAUAUCCUAGUGCAGGGUUGCCCUCAAGUUCUUCUCAAGACCAGCCUACCAGUUCAUCUGAUGCAAGUUCUAGCACAAAAUCAGAAGAGGACAAGAAAAAGUCUGAGCAUUCAUCCUGCUGUGACAUGAUGAGGUCACUCUCUUACCACAUCAACCAUCUUUUCAUGGAGCUUGGGAAAGCAAUGCUUCUUACAUCUCGUCGGGAGAACAGUCCUGUAAAUUUAUCUGCAUCAGUUGUAUCUGUUGCUAGCAGUGUUGCAUCUAUUGUGUUGGAGCACCUCAAUUUUGAGGGGCACACAAUUAGUUCUGAAAGAGAGAUUAUUGUUUCCACAAAGUGCCGAUACCUUGGGAAGGUGGUUGAAUUCAUUGAUGGUAUAUUGUUAGACAGGCCAGAAUCAUGCAACCCAAUCAUGCUGAACUCAUUUUAUUGCCGUGGUGUUAUUCAGGCUAUUUUAACCACAUUUGAAGCUACCAGUGAGUUGCUCUUUUCUAUGAACAGGCUGCCAUCAUCGCCUAUGGAGACGGACAGUAAGAGUGUGAAGGAAGAGAAAGAGACAGAUUCGUCAUGGAUAUAUGGUCCACUCUCCAGCUAUGGUGCAAUUCUGGACCAUCUAGUGACAUCAUCAUUUAUUCUCUCUUCCUCAACAAGACAAUUACUGGAGCAGCCUAUUUUUAGUGGAAAUACCAGGUUUCCCCAAGAUGCAGAAAAGUUCAUGAAGCUGCUUCAGUCAAAAGUUCUGAAGACUGUUCUUCCCAUCUGGGCCCAUCCUCAAUUUCCAGAAUGUAAUGUUGAGUUAAUUAGUUCAGUCACAUCUAUCAUGAGGCAUGUUUACUCUGGGGUUGAAGUGAAAAACACUGUUAUCAAUACUGGUGCCCGUUUGGCUGGUCCACCCCCUGAUGAGAAUGCAAUUUCUCUGAUUGUAGAGAUGGGCUUUUCUCGUGCCAGAGCUGAGGAAGCACUCAGACAAGUUGGAACGAACAGUGUUGAAAUUGCAACUGAUUGGUUAUUCUCACACCCAGAGGAACCACAAGAGGAUGAUGAACUUGCUCGAGCUCUUGCAAUGUCUUUAGGAAAUUCUGAUACAUCUGCACAGGAGGAAGAUGGCAAAUCGAAUGAUCUAGAACUUGAAGAAGAAACUGUUCAGCUGCCUCCCAUAGAUGAAGUAUUAUCUUCAUGUCUUAGGCUUCUGCAGUCAAAGGAAACAUUAGCUUUCCCUGUUCGGGACAUGCUUUUGACUAUGAGCUCACAGAAUGAUGGCCAAAAUCGAGUAAAGGUCCUUACAUAUUUGAUUGAUCACCUGAAAAACUGUCUGAUGUCAUCUGAUCCUUUAAAGAGCACUGCGUUGUCUGCUCUUUUUCAUGUCCUUGCUUUGAUUCUCCAUGGAGACACUGCAGCCCGGGAAGUUGCUUCAAAGGCUGGUCUUGUCAAGGUUGCUUUGAACCUGCUGUGCAGCUGGGAGUUGGAGCCAAGGCAAGGUGAGAUAAGUGAUGUUCCAAAUUGGGUUACUUCAUGCUUUCUUUCUAUUGAUAGAAUGCUCCAGUUGGAUCCGAAGUUGCCAGAUGUUACUGAACUUGAUGUACUUAGAAAGGACAAUUCAAACACACAAACAUCAGUAGUGAUUGAUGACAGCAAGAAAAGGGAAUCAGAAACUUCAUCAAGUACAGGGUUAUUGGACUUGGAGGACCAGAAGCAACUCUUGAAGAUUUGCUGUAAAUGCAUUCAGAAGCAGUUGCCUUCUGCUACCAUGCAUGCCAUUCUUCAGUUGUGUGCCACGUUAACUAAACUUCAUGCUGCUGCAAUAAGUUUUCUUGAGUCUGGUGGCCUGCAUGCAUUGCUAAGUUUGCCCACAAGUAGCUUGUUUUCUGGAUUCAACAGUGUGGCUUCUACAAUCAUUCGUCAUAUUUUGGAAGAUCCUCAUACUCUUCAGCAAGCAAUGGAGUUAGAGAUACGCCACAGUCUUGUCACAGCUGCUAAUCGUCAUGCGAAUCCGAGGGUUACACCACGCAAUUUUGUCCAGAAUUUGGCGUUUGUUGUAUAUAGAGACCCUGUUAUAUUUAUGAAAGCUGCACAAGCUGUGUGCCAGAUUGAGAUGGUGGGCGAUAGACCAUAUGUUGUUUUGUUGAAGGACCGUGAAAAAGAAAAAAACAAGGAAAAAGAGAAGGACAAGCCUGCUGAUAAGGAUAAAGCAGCAGGUGCAGCCACAAAGAUGACUUCAGGAGACAUGGCUUUAGGAUCUCCUGUAAGUUCUCAAGGGAAACAGACUGAUCUGAAUGCAAAGAAUGUGAAAUCUAAUCGCAAACCUCCACAAAGUUUUGUCACUGUUAUUGAGUAUCUGCUAGAUCUGGUUAUGUCCUUCAUUCCUCCACCUAGAGCAGAGGAUCGACCUGAUGGUGAAUCUGGUACUGCAUCAUCUGCAGACAUGGAUAUUGAUAGUAGCUCAGUAAAAGGCAAAGGUAAAGCUGUUGCUGUCACAACUGAAGAGUCCAAGCAUGCAGUCCAAGAGGCUACUGCAUCUCUCGCUAAAACUGCAUUUGUUCUGAAGCUAUUAACAGAUGUUCUUCUGACCUAUGCAUCAUCCAUUCAAGUUGUUCUUCGCCAUGAUGCUGAUUUGAGCAACACCCGUGGUCUUAACCGGACUGGCAUAAGCAGUGGUGGGGUUUUCAAUCAUAUCUUGCAGCAUUUCCUUCCACAUUCUGCAAAGCAAAAGAAAGAGAGGAAAGCUGAUGGUGAUUGGAGGUAUAAAUUGGCAACGAGAGCUAAUCAAUUCUUGGUGGCUUCAUCUAUUCGGUCUGCAGAAGGUAGAAAAAGGAUCUUUUCUGAAAUCUGCAGCAUAUUUGUUGAUUUCACGGACUCCCCUACUGGUUGCAAACCCCCAAUAUUAAGGAUGAAUGCAUAUGUUGAUUUGCUUAAUGAUAUUCUGUCAGCCCGCUCACCAACUGGCUCAUCCUUGUCAUCGGAAUCUGCAGUUACUUUUGUUGAAGUUGGUCUUGUUCAGUAUUUAUCAAAAACACUUGAAGUUAUAGAUUUGGAUCACCCUGAUUCAGCAAAGAUUGUAACUUCUAUUGUUAAGGCCCUUGAGGUCGUUACAAAGGAGCAUGUUCAUUCGGCAGAUUUGAAUUCCAAAGGGGAGAACUCAUCAAAGGUUGUGUCUGACCAGGGCAAUCUAGAUCCAUCGUCAAAUAGGUUCCAAGCUCUUGACACACCCCAGCCUACUGAAAUGGUUACUGAUCAUAGGGAAGCUUUCAAUGCUGUUCAAACUUCACAAAGUUCAGACUCAGUGGCUGAUGAGAUGGACCAUGACCGUGAUCUGGAUGGAGGAUUUGCUCGUGAUGGUGAAGAUGACUUUAUGCAUGAGAUUGCUGAAGAUGGAACUCCAAAUGAGUCCACAAUGGAAAUCAGAUUUGAAAUUCCACGAAAUAGAGAGGAUGAUAUGGCUGAUGAUGAUGAUGACAGUGAUGAGGAUAUGUCAGCUGAUGAUGGUGAGGAGGUUGAUGAAGAUGAGGAUGAAGAUGAAGAGAACAACAACUUGGAGGAGGACGAUGCCCAUCAGAUGUCUCAUCCUGACACAGAUCAGGAUGACCGUGAGAUGGAUGAAGAGGAGUUUGAUGAAGAUCUGCUAGAAGAAGAUGAUGAUGAGGAUGAGGAUGAGGAAGGAGUCAUCCUUCGCCUAGAGGAGGGUAUUAACGGAAUUAAUGUGUUUGACCAUAUUGAGGUUUUUGGGGGUGGAAGCAACAAUUUGUCUGGGGAUACACUACGUGUGAUGCCGUUAGACAUUUUUGGAACAAGACGGCAAGGUCGUAGUACAUCCAUAUACAACCUUCUUGGGAGAGCAGGUGAUCAUGGUGUUUUUGACCACCCACUCUUGGAGGAGCCCUCUUCAGUAUUACAUCUUCCACAACAGAGACAACAAGAAAACUUAGUUGAGAUGGCCUUCUCUGAUCGGAAUCAUGAGAAUAGUUCUUCCCGUCUGGAUGCAAUUUUCCGGAGCCUGCGAAGUAGCCGGAGUGGGCACCGUUUUAAUAUGUGGCUAGAUGAUGGUCCCCAGCGCACUGGAUCAGCCGCUCCUGCAGUACCUGAAGGCAUUGAAGAGCUGCUGGUCUCUCAGUUGAGGCGGCCUACUCCUGAACAACCUGACGACCAGCCUGCUGGUGGCAUUCAAGAAAAUGAUCAAUCCAAUCAGCAACAUUUGAAUGGGUCGGAAACUGAGGCAAGAGAAGAAGCACCAACAGAACAAAAUGAAAACAAUGAAAAUGCAGUUACUCUGGCUACAAGGCCUGAGUUAGAUGGUUCUGAAAGUACUGGUCCUGAACCUCACAGUGAUGCACUUCAAAGAGAGGUGUCUGGUGCAAGUGAGCAUGUCACAGAGAUGCAAUAUGAACGUAGUGAUGCUGUAGUACGUGAUGUAGAAGCUGUCAGCCAGGCAAGCAGUGGUAGCGGUGCUACUUUAGGGGAAAGCCUUAGAAGUUUAGAGGUGGAGAUAGGAAGUGUUGAAGGGCAUGAUGAUGGCGAUCGGCAUGGGGCUUCAGACAGGCUACCUUUGGGUGAUUCACAGGCAGCUUCCCGAUCAAGGAGGCCAUCUGGAAGCAUUGUUCCAGGUAGCAGCAGAGAUAUAUCUCUGGAGAGUGUCAGCGAGGUUCCUCAAAAUCAAAACCAAGAAGCUGAUCAGAACACUGAUGAGGGGGAUCAGGAGCCUAACAGAGCUACUGACACUGACUCAAUUGAUCCUACAUUUUUGGAGGCUCUUCCAGAGGAUUUACGGGCUGAAGUUCUUUCUUCGCGUCAAAAUCAAGUGACCCAGACUUCUAAUGAACAACCUCAGAAUGAUGGGGAUAUUGAUCCUGAGUUCCUUGCUGCACUUCCUCCUGAUAUACGAGAAGAAGUUCUAGCCCAACAACGUGCACAAAGGUUGCAACAGUCACAAGAAUUAGAAGGACAGCCCGUUGAAAUGGAUGCUGUUUCAAUUAUCGCAACAUUCCCUUCAGAAAUUCGGGAGGAGGUGCUUUUAACAUCUCCAGAUACCUUGCUGGCUACACUGACACCUGCACUAGUUGCUGAAGCCAAUAUGUUACGGGAGAGAUUUGCUCAUCGGUAUCAUAGUGGCUCCCUUUUUGGUAUGAACUCCAGGGGCAGGAGAGGUGAGUCCUCUCGACGUGGUGACAUAAUCGGCUCAAGCCUUGAUAGAAAUGCUGGUGAUUCCUCUCGACAACCAAGUAGCAAGCCAAUUGAAACGGAAGGAUCUCCUCUUGUUGACAAGGAUGCUCUUAAAGCUCUUAUUAGGCUGCUUCGAGUUGUUCAGCCUCUAUACAAAGGUCAAUUGCAGAGGCUUCUCUUGAACCUUUGUGCUCAUAGGGAAAGCAGGAAGUCCUUGGUUCAAAUUCUAGUGGACAUGCUUAUGCUUGAUCUGCAGGGCUCUUCGAAGAAAUCAAUUGAUGCAACUGAGCCACCAUUUAGGCUAUAUGGGUGCCAUGCAAACAUCACGUAUUCACGCCCUCAAUCCACGGAUGGCGUGCCUCCAUUAGUUUCUCGUCGUGUUCUUGAAACUCUUACAUACUUGGCAAGAAAUCAUCCGAACGUGGCUAAACUCUUGCUAUUUCUUGAGUUCCCUUGCCCACCAACUUGCCAUGCUGAAACACCCGAUCAGAGACGCGGCAAGGCUGUUCUUAUGGAAGGUGACAGUGAACAGAAUGCGUUUGCACUUGUCCUACUUUUAACUUUAUUGAAUCAGCCACUCUAUAUGAGGAGUGUAGCUCAUCUUGAACAGUUACUAAACCUUCUCGAAGUUGUCAUGCUCAAUGCUGAGAAUGAAAUUACACAAGCUAAGCUGGAAGCGGCAUCUGAAAAACCACCUGGACCUGAGAAUGCAAUGCAAGAUGCCCAAGAGGGCGCAAAUGCUGCUGGAUCAUCUGGAUCCAAGUCCAAUACUGAGGAUAGUAGCAAAUCCCCUCCAGUUGACAGCGAAAGUAGCCUGCAAAAGGUUCUGCAUAGUCUUCCCCAGGGAGAGCUUAGACUACUAUGUUCACUGCUUGCACAUGAUGGGUUGUCAGACAAUGCAUAUCUCCUUGUAGCAGAAGUUCUGAAAAAGAUUGUAGCUCUGGCUCCAUUCUUCUGUUGCCAUUUCAUAAAUGAACUUGCACACUCAAUGCAAAAUUUGACGCUUUGUGCAAUGAAGGAGCUUCACUUGUACGAGGACUCUGAAAAAGCUCUUCUUAGCACAUCAUCAGCAAAUGGGACUGCAAUUCUUAGAGUUGUGCAGGCUUUGAGUUCUCUUGUGACCACUCUGCAAGAGAGAAAGGAUUCGGAUCAUCCUGCUGAAAAGGAUCAUUCUGAUGCAUUAUCCCAGAUUUCUGAAAUUAACACGGCAUUGGAUGCAUUAUGGUUGGAGCUGAGUAAUUGCAUAAGCAAAAUAGAGAGCUCUUCGGAAUACGCAUCGAAUCUGAGUCCUGCUUCUGCAAAUACAGCUACAUUGACCACAGGUGUAGCACCUCCGUUGCCAGCUGGAACUCAGAAUAUAUUACCAUACAUUGAAUCAUUUUUCGUGACAUGUGAGAAGUUACGCCCUGGGCAACCUGACGCUGUUCAAGAAGCUUCAACAUCUGACAUGGAGGAUGCAUCAACUUCUAGUGGUGGGCAGAAAUCAUCUGGAAGCCAUGCCAAUCUUGAUGAGAAGCACAAUGCUUUCGUUAAAUUCUCGGAAAAACACAGAAGAUUGUUGAACGCAUUUAUCCGUCAGAAUCCUGGGCUACUGGAGAAGUCAUUCUCUCUAAUGUUGAAAAUCCCUCGGUUGAUUGAAUUUGACAACAAACGUGCAUAUUUCCGGUCUAAAAUUAAGCACCAGCAUGAUCAUCAUCAUAGCCCUGUUAGAAUUUCUGUGCGACGGGCAUACAUUCUGGAGGACUCAUAUAACCAGCUUAGGAUGCGCUCACCACUGGAUUUGAAGGGUAGACUGACUGUUCAUUUCCAAGGUGAAGAAGGCAUUGAUGCGGGUGGACUAACAAGAGAAUGGUAUCAGCUGCUAUCACGAGUUAUUUUUGAUAAGGGCGCCCUUCUAUUUACGACUGUUGGAAAUGAUUUGACAUUUCAACCAAACCCUAACUCCGUUUAUCAGACUGAACAUCUCUCAUAUUUCAAAUUUGUUGGGCGAGUGGUUGGUAAAGCUCUAUUCGAUGGCCAACUUUUGGAUGUCCAUUUUACGAGAUCUUUCUACAAGCACAUAUUAGGUGUCAAGGUUACUUACCAUGACAUUGAAGCAAUUGAUCCUGCGUAUUUCAAAAAUUUGAAAUGGAUGCUUGAGAAUGACAUAAGUGAUGUUUUGGAUCUCUCCUUCAGCAUGGAUGCAGAUGAAGAGAAGCGGAUAUUAUAUGAGAAAGCAGAGGUGACUGAUUAUGAGUUGAUUCCUGGAGGCCGAAACAUUAAGGUGACAGAGGAGAACAAGCAUGAAUAUGUGAACCGGGUUGCAGAACACCGUUUAACCACUGCUAUUAGACCUCAAAUCAAUGCUUUUAUGGAGGGAUUUAAUGAGCUUAUCCCUGAGGAGCUGAUAUCAAUCUUUAACGACAAAGAGCUUGAACUGCUAAUCAGUGGACUCCCAGACAUUGACUUGGACGAUCUAAAAGCAAAUACAGAAUAUUCUGGCUACAGUAUAGCUUCUCCAGUCAUUCAGUGGUUCUGGGAGAUUGUCCAAGGGUUCAGCAAGGAGGACAAAGCCCGAUUCCUUCAAUUUGUUACUGGCACAUCAAAGGUACCUCUGGAAGGUUUUAGUGCACUCCAAGGAAUAUCUGGACCGCAACGAUUCCAGAUACACAAGGCCUACGGAAGCACCAACCAUCUGCCUUCAGCUCAUACCUGCUUUAACCAACUAGACCUGCCUGAGUACACAUCGAAAGAGCAGCUCCAGGAGAGAUUGCUAUUAGCUAUUCAUGAGGCAAAUGAAGGUUUUGGAUUCGGUUAACAGGUCUCUCCCGCACUUGUGUGCGAGAAAUCUCCGAGUUUGUACAGAUACUGUCAGAGCUGCAAUAGGCGAGCAGAAUGUGCACGGGCCUGUUCCUUAACCUGCUACUACUAGAGAUUCCACUGAUGUCCAGCAUCAACCAUUUGGCGCUGGUCCCUGGAGAUCCGUUAGAAAAGUGCCGUCUGCCCACGCGCGAACUGGUUGCUGCAAAGAGAAUGUGCAGGGAGGUGUAGCGGGGAGUGCUAGAAGACAACAACUAUUUGGUGUUCAUAAUAUUUUUUUUCCCUUUUGGGUCUUUUUUGGCCAUUUGCCCCGUUAAUAGAUUUCACCUUCUCUAUACAUUCGACCUGUAUGGAAAAUUUUCUUUUGCCUUUCUAUUUGAGUUUGUUUUGGGGGGCCAUAGACCGGUGGAAUGCAAGCAACAUUAAGUCGAAUGCAAGUUUUCCAUCGCUA